AUGUCGAGCAAAUCGAUCCUCGCGCUCCCUCCAUACACCUUCCGCCUCCGCCUGGCUCAGAUUAUCAUCGCGGUCCUCGUGCUGAUCCUCAACAUCAUUUCCACCGCCGUGCUCGGUGGCUAUGGGACUCUUGGAUAUGGCAUCUUCACUCCAAUCGCGACAUGUGUCAUCGUUGGAUACUGGUACUUCGCCACCUAUCGUAGCCCACAGCACUACAACCGUUGGGCCAUCCUCGUCCUCGAUUGCAUCUCCGUGGUCUGGUGGCUGGCGCUAUGGAGUGUGUUGGCGCAGUGGGCUGCAGUGUUGGGACUCAUCGACUCGAUUGACAAUUCCUACGGAGGCCUGAGCAGUAUUCGCACUGUCCAUGCCUUGACGGCAGUGGGUGCUGUGCUUGGCGCCGCUGAGUUUGUUCUAUUCAUUGUCACCCUUGUCACGUUUUCCAUGAGCCUACAUCGCGCCCGUAUGGCCGAGCAACAGAAGCCGCAACAGAACCCAUUCACUGAUGUCAAUAACGAAUACAAUCGCCAUUAA